AGUAAACAUGUCUGCCCCUUCAGUGUGGUGCCGGCUGGCUUCGACCACUCAAAAAGCCUUAAAUUUACAACUAACACGAUCAGUUUGGACGAAUAAGAUAAAAGUUAAUAUUUACCCGUCUCUUGAGGAAAGAUUAGAAGAGCUAGACCACACAAGGGAAGAUCCAGAGCUGUACGCACCAGUGGACAUAGGUCUUCCGGAGAGAAAACCCUCUCGCAAGGCCCAGCUUGGUCAGCGAUUGGAGCACGUCAAGGCUCUCAGACGCAACGCAGAGUUAGAAAGGCAAGCACGAAAUGAUGCAUUGACCUUGGACCUGGAUACAGUGAACGGUGACUGGGAAAAAGCGAGCGCUGCCCACCACGUUUCAGCUCUUGCACACCACUACGGAAUCUUUGGGGAUCUCUUUGGGAAAUACGCGUACUUUCGUCCUCGUGUCCCGUUGAGCAUCAGCUACGACUUUGAUGAAGAAACGGAGUCUCCUGUCUACAGGGGCAACGUCUUGAAGCCAAAAGAGACAGCAGCAGAGCCAAAAGUUCAGUUUGAGAGUUCGCCAGACGAUCUCUGGUCCUUAAUCUUGACGAACCCAGAUGGAAAUCUCUAUGAAAAUGACAAAGAGUGUCUUCACUGGUUUGUUGGCAACAUACAAGGAGGGAAGCUGGAGACAGGAGAGGUCAUAUGCAACUACCUCCAGCCUUUCCCACCAAGAGGCACUGGUUACCACAGAUAUGUGUUCGUGCUGUACAAGCAGGAAAAGAGGGUCGACUUCUCCGAGUUCAAGAGGGAACAGCCUUGCUUAUUACUGAAGGAGCGGUCAUUCUCCACGCUGGAUUUCUAUCGCCAGAUGCAGGAUGAGGUGACUCCUGCAGGCCUGGCUUGGUUUCAGGCUGACUGGGACUCUUCACUCACAGACUUUUUCCAUAAUACGCUGCAGAUGAGAGAGCCUGUCUAUGAAUAUGAUUUCCCGGACAUGUACAUGGCUCCUCAGAAACACUUCCCUUUGAGGAGGCAGUUUGAUAGAUAUCUGGACAUGCAUCGUGACCCCAAGCAGAUUAACAAGGAGAUCCUUCUGAAAAGGCUAAAAGACAUCAACCCACUGGAGCGUGAACCGCCUGUCCCCCUUCCUGCUGCACUGCCUAUCAACACCAAACUGACUUCAUGGGAGAAGAAGGAAAUCAAGAGAGAACGCAUCGGGGCUGGGAAAUAUUACGAUCUGUACAGGGGUUCAAACAGGCCCAAGGUAUAGGGGUGUUGGGAAAAAUUGGGGGACAUCUCGUGUUCACUUUCCAGGUGUUAAGCUAUUCCUUGAUUUGGAAGAGCGUGGCGAUCUGUGCUUCAGAUAGAUUGAAACUGCAAGGGUUGUUGCCUAUCUAAACUACGACUUUUGUCCAUAAAGUAUUAACAUCUAUACUAGGGUACAGACAGACAUAACAUGAAGAAACUAAUACCCAUUUUAAGACCUUUUGGAUAUUAAUUUAGGGUUUCUUCUACUGCAGUUUAAUCCUGGUCGCAGUUUAAUUAUUCUGGAUUCUGUAUAUAUUUAUGUAGAUAUUUGCCUACAGAUGCAGUAUGUGAGGCAACCUUGGUUAAACUUUUUUCUGUAAAUUUGUUUUGUAUUUAAUGAAAAUACAAUAUUGAACAGUA